CGUAGAAACUCUUCGUCAGCUAUGGCUUUAGUUUUCAUCUGUGUUAAAUAGAAAAAAAAAUUUACAGCAACAACAUGCAUUAAACAAUCCAUUAAACGAAAAGUUAUAAACGUAUAUACACGUGUACAUGUGGCAUGUAUACUUGUAUAUACAAUAAAAUUAAAAGUACCAUUAAAAUAAAGUGAAAACAAAUUAAAUAAAAAUAACGUCAACUAAAUGCAGAUAUAAAAUAGAAAGGAGAUAAAAAGGUGAAUUCAAAUUAACGCAGUUCAUUUUUUAUCGAUGGAAAAUCGUAUGCAUCAGUCAUGCCAGCCAAAUUUCAGCUUGAGAAAAAUUUCCAUUUUUGUUGUCUUCUACAUCUGCCUCUAUCUGCCGAACGGUUUGUCUGCAGGCCACAAUGAAAAAAGGCUUCUUGCAAAGUUGUUAGAUACUUAUAACGUUUUAGAACGGCCUGUCGCUAAUGAAUCUGAUCCACUUCAACUUAGUUUUGGUUUAACAUUAAAUCAAAUCAUUGACGUGGAUGAAAAGAAUCAACUAUUAAUUACUAACAUGUGGCUUAAGUUGGAAUGGAAUGAUAUAAAUCUACGUUGGAACUCAUCCGAAUUCGGCGGAGUAAAAGAUCUAAGGAUACCACCCCAUCGUCUAUGGAAACCCGACGUACUCAUGUAUAACAGUGCCGACGAGGGAUUUGAUGGAACCUACCCCACUAAUGUAGUUGUACGGAACAACGGCAGUUGUGUAUAUUUACCCCCAGGGAUAUUCAAGAGCACUUGCAAAAUUGACAUUACAUGGUUCCCGUUUGACGAUCAGAGAUGCGAAAUGAAAUUCGGAAGCUGGACAUACGACGGUUUACAGUUGGAUCUUCAAUUGCAAGAUGAUGGAGGUGGUGAUAUCAGUAAUUUUAUUACUAACGGCGAAUGGGAUUUGUUAGGGGUUCCAGGAAAAAGGAACGAAUUGUAUUACAACUGUUGUCCAGAACCGUAUAUCGACAUAACGUUUUAUAUUAUAGUUCGUCGGCGCACGCUUUAUUAUUUUUUCAAUUUGAUUGUACCGUGUGUUUUGAUAGCAUCGAUGGCAGUGCUUGGAUUUACUCUCCCUCCAGAUUCAGGGGAGAAACUAUCACUUGGCAUCACCAUCCUUUUGUCACUUACAGUAUUUUUGAAUAUGGUCGCAGAAACGAUGCCUGCUACAUCUGAAGCAGUUCCUUUACUCGGGACCUAUUUUAACUGUAUUAUGUUUAUGGUUGCAUCUUCGGUUGUAUCGACGAUACUUAUAUUAAACUACCAUCAUCGAAGCGCUGAUACCCACGAAAUGUCAGAAUGGAUAAAAGUGGUUUUUCUGUAUUGGUUACCGUGGUUGUUGAGAAUGCACAGGCCAUGUGAAGACGGAUACGACUGUGGCAUGCCGAGCAAUACCACAACGCUGAAUUCUGAUAGAAAAACCAUCAAUCUCCAGGACGUCGAGUUGAAAGAAAGGUCAUCAAAGAGCCUAUUAGCUAAUGUAUUGGAUAUCGACGAUGAUUUUCGACAUAAUCACAGAGGAGGGACACCAACCCCAUUGCCUAAUUCGGCUUUCUUUCGAACAGUUUAUAGGCCAAAUGAAGAAAAUGGUAACGGCGGAGGAAGACUUCACGAGUCGUUGGUGAGUAACCAAUCAUGCCUAAGUGGAGUGGAUUACGAAUUAGCUCUAAUAUUGAAAGAAAUCCGUUUCAUAACGGAUAAUAUGCGCAAAGAAGACGAGCAACAAGGUAUAACAAGAGAUUGGAAGUUUGCGGCAAUGGUAGUAGACAGAUUGUGCCUUAUCAUUUUCACUCUGUUUACCAUCAUAGCCACAUUGGCGGUACUGUUCUCGGCACCACACAUUAUCGUGUCGUAGCAAGGUUGUCAUUUCACAAUUGGCCUGCAGCAUCUCGCUUUAUACCUUUUAUUAUCAUUAUUAUUAUUAUUAUUAGUAGUUCUCGAAAACCUAAUCGUACACAUGAUGAAGAUUAUUAUCGCUUUGGAAGUCAAUGCCACAAGUACGAAUCUACUUCACAAUGUCGUUGAUUAACGUAUUAAUUAAUAAAAAAAAAAAAGAAAAAGGAAAAAAUAAUAAAAAUUCAUAGUUUAAAACCUCGAUCUUUUGUAAGUCAUUUCGUCAAAAAAAAAAAUAAAACACCAAUUCCAAAAAAUAAUCUCCAGUUAAUUGAGCUUACUUUUUCAAAUAGCAACAACACCCUGUACCUGACGGAAUUUUCAAUUCAAAUCAAACAAAGAUUAUGUUUGUGAUUCUCAAAGCCAUUCUGAGUGAAAGAAUCGAUUAUCAACAAUUUCAUAAUUUAAUCUUUCAAUUUCGAUUUCAAUUGCGUAUUGAAACAACGGCGAACUAAUUGAAUUUUAAAUUAAGUUUGCUCGGAAGUUGGAAAUGUAAUCGUUGUUUGAUGGGCACUGGCUGUUUUAUUUUUUCGAAAUGACAUUAACCGAGUUAUUAGUAGGAUUGAUUUUAUUUAUUGUUUUCUAGCGUUAAUAAACACAAUCAUACUGUGAUAAACCAAGUUAAAUGUUGAGUUUGAAGCCUCAUGUGAAAUCGCUGAAGUA